AUGACCACAAACACCCCCUCCUCCACUAGCACGACAACCGGCCACUAUCACCCCUCAACCUCGCAACAGCCCAAUCACUCGCACAACCACAGCCAGACACAGCAGCAGCAUCAACAAUCGAAUCAGCAUCACAACCAUCCUCAGUCUCUGUCGCACUACCCAUCUCAGACAAUGACCACAAACACCCCCUCCUCCACUAGCACGACAACCGGCCACUAUCACCCCUCAACCUCGCAACAGCCCAAUCACUCGCACAACCACAGCCAGACACAGCAGCAGCAUCAACAAUCGAAUCAGCAUCACAACCAUCCUCAGUCUCUGUCGCACUACCCAUCUCAGACAAUGACCACAAACACCCCCUCCUCCACUAGCACGACAACCGGCCACUAUCACCCCUCAACCUCGCAACAGCCCAAUCACUCGCACAACCACAGCCAGACACAGCAGCAGCAUCAUCAGCAGCGCACCUCAAUCAGCGGUGAGCACAGCCAAUUCCACCGACCGAUAGACACAUCACCCCCUCCACCGCCCCACUACUAUCACAACCACCAGCAUUCAUGA